AUGUCAGACUUGAAAGGAUACAUCGUUACAUUAAAAGAAGACACUUCCGACAGCAAAGCUGAGUCAAUUAAGAACCAAAUCAAAGAAGCAGGUGGAAAGAUCACCAAUGAAUUCAGUUUGAUCAAAGGUUUUGCCGUGGCUUUGCCUGCUGUCCAUGCCGAUAGUUUGUCCAAAAACCACCCAGAAAUUGCCAAUGUUGAAGAGGAUAAGGAAGUCCACACUCAAUAA